CCGAACUUCCGAUAAGAUAAGACGGCUGGUGACCCAUCGUGUUUGAAAUCUUCUGAAAUGUUCGACAAGCUCGAUGCGGAGCACUCGCAAAACAACAAUGAUACCACUGUUGAUAACGGCCGACAUAAAAGUGGCGAGUUAGACGAAGAUGCUGUCCUCUCUUUAACAAACAGUAUAGUUCAAUCUCUCUACCCGGAGGAAGAAGGCUCGGAGCAUAAUCAAAAUAACAUCAUCGAUCACAAUCAACAGAGAGAAGUUGAAGGAAAUAGCGCUUCUAAUACCGUCGACAAAAGUGAUCACAAUACCAAUGACGAAGAUAUAGACUACCAAUUCGACCAAGAGGCCCUUAUCAGCAAUUUGGCUGGCAGCGUUGUGGAGUCUUUAGAGCACCAAAUGCACGAUCACUAUCAAGACAACUCAGAGCACCGUGACGAAGAGAAAACAACUGACUCCCAGGAAAAUGAAGACGAUGGUCAACCAAUGGAGAGGGAGCACAUCGAACACAAUCAUCAGCUAGCAUUUAUCAAUAAACCGGCUAUUCCCAGUGACCAUCACGUAACACACGAAGAGACCGAAAAAGAUGCCAACCUAGAAAAGAUUAUUGCUGAUACAUUCCGAGAUCAGUUUCAAGUCGAUGAAAGCCACCAGCUGGAAACUGAAGAAAAUGAGAUUCAGCCAGAGAAGGAUAUGAUGAGCCUCGAUCUAGUAAAUGCAAUCAAUGAAGCAUUCCAAGGUAACGUGUUGGAUGAAAAAGUUGAAAAUGCAGAUAAAAACACAAAUGUGAGUCGACCUGAAGAUAAGCAUGAUAAUGGUUUAACUGAGAAAGUAACACACGAGCAAAUGCAACCAGUGGAUGAUACAAAAGAUGUUGAAUUAGGUUUAGAUGAUGCCAUCAAUUACGCUCUCAAUGAUGCCAGCAAGACAGCUGGUGGCAUGCAUCAAAAGAAGGAUUCUGAUGAGCAGGGUAAACUCGAACACGAUGAAGCAGAAAUAGAUUUGAACGCAGCAAUUGAAGAUGCUUUGAAAAGCACUCAGUCCGUUUUAGAAAGUAGAGACGACCGUCAAGUGGCAACCACUGAAGACGCUAACCAUUCAUUUGACAACAUCUAUCAGGAUAUGCAAAAUUUAGUUGAAAGCACAGUUUCAGAAGUUGAGAAGGAUGAAUCUGAGCCUCUAGCAGCUAACGCAAGUGAAGCAAAAGCUGAAGGAAUGGUUAAUACAGAUAUUGAGAGAGUGAUUCACGGCAUAGAUUUGAAUGACGUGAUAGCCACUGCUAUGAAAGAUACCCAGGCUAAAGCUCCAGAAUAUGAUGUGAACGUAGAAUUGAAUAAUGCUAUUGAAGAAGCACUCUUGUCAGUUCCGGGAACCAAAGCCAAAAAGAAACCAGCAAAGAAGGCACAAUCAAAGAAUAAAGCGACGAAUGGCUCAAGCCUUGAAAAGAAAAGGAACUCAGACACUAAUAAUGAAAUCAAAGAACUAAAUGAAGAUUUAGCGGCAGAACUAACAAGUGCUAUUACAGAUGCCCUGAAAGAUACCCAACUCACUGAUCAAAAUAAGCCGGUUCAAGCUCAACAAUUCAACACUACUGAAUCUGAAUUCGAAAAAGCACUAAAAAGUGUGGUCAACGACGUUGUGGAGCAUAAUUUAGUUGGGAAAAAGAUUGAAGAUGCAACGACUGACGAUCAUUCUAAAGAUGAUGAGGAUGAUGAACAAAAAGACGAUGAGUUUAAUGAAGAGAAGGAUGGAGAUUACAAUUGGGAUGAUAUUAUGGACAAAGCUUUUGAAAUGGCGAUGGACUACCCCUCUGAUUUGAAUCUCCAGGUCGAUGAAGCGGAUCUUCAACGUGAUCAUUUGGUUAACAAAACAAAUGUACCCUUCACUCAUUCCACUUCCCAAACAGCUUUGCGCAAGCCAGUAAGUCAAAGCCAACCAAUCACUUUCAUUCAAACGGCCAAUAUUGAAAAGCUUCGUAGUGAGUUUGAUAAGACCAACAAUAUCAAAAGGCAAAAGGUUAAAGUUGUCACUCCAUCUAUACCUCCCAAAUCUUCUGUUGCUGCUGUUGUUGGAGAUUUAUUAAGCUCGAUGAAUUUAUCAUCUAUUCAGAAAGCAGAUAUUUUGAAGCUUAAACUUUCAGAAUUGGAUGCGAUCAAGAAGAAUGUUUCUUCGACUAUAGCGACAUUGAUGAACUCAAAUCAUCAGACUAUCAAAGAGGUCAAGUCCAUGGAGAAGAUGGACGAAAAAGAGAAAAUCAGAUACGAAAACAGGGAGCGAAAGAAGAGAUGGAGAGAGUUCAACAUCGAAAGAAAUAGGGAUAUCGAUUUAAGGACCAGAGUCAUAAAAAGAGCUAAUCACUUAUAUCCAUUACCGGAACAUGAAGAUCUGAGGAAACAAUGGGUUUCUUCUGAAUUCUAUAAGAGAAAACAGAAGAGGAUAGAAAGACAGCAGAAACAACGUACGAAUUUCAUCGAUAUGAAAAAUUUUGAUUCCAAAGAUGCUUUACCGUUUGACCUGUUUUUCAAGGAUAAGGAAAAUCUUCAAAAGAUUGCCGAGAUAUAUAAUGAGAUUGGUGGUGAUGUCUCAGGGGAGAAAUUGUUACUACCAUCUUCGGAUAAAAUUGUGAGUAUUUCAUCGAUAGUGUCUGCUCUAGUAGCGGCGUAUUUGCUGAAAAAUGGUGGUGGAAAGGAGGAAAAAAUUGUUCAAUCGAUCACUCAAUCUCUUGUUGUUUCGCUUGAUCGCUAUUUGACUAAAAUAUCAAAGGAUGGGAAUGGCAUACACGAGGCUAAAGAUGCUCUAGAUUCACCGACACCUUUGGAGUGGGAUAAUACUACUGAUUCUUAUGACAUUCCCUUUGAUACUGGUUCAGCUCAUGGAGCCUCGAAUGCGCAAACUACUGGCAAAAUCUCUUUAGGCCUCACUGAUAAUACCCCAAGGAUAGCACCUGCUAGUGGGGGGAUCACAUUUAAGGUCCAGUCACAGAACAUUGAGAACCUGCAAGUUGAACGUCCGACGUAUACUGCUGAUGCAGACCUGACAAGGCUUGUGAAGGAGAAAAAUAUAGCUCUCAAAUCAACGAAGCUAAGCGAAAGCAAAGCAGCAGCCGGAGUUGCUGCGGAGAAGGUAUCAAAUGUUCUGAAAAAGAUAGGCGAAUCCAAACCUAAGAGAAAAGCUGCAGCUCCUGUCGCAAUCAAUAUAGAGAAGUUCUUGUCUCCUCAGCCACCGGAUGCAUCAUUCAUGCAAAAGAUAAAAGGUGAUGAUAAGAAAAGAAAGCAUGAGGAAAUAGCGGGUAAGGUGACCGAAGAACUGAUUGUCAAGAGACGUGUUGAUGAUGACAAAAGCGCAGAAGGGAGAAAGCUGGAUGAAAAUGUCAGGUCUGACCAAAACAUUGCGAAUGGCCAACUAAAUCUAGGAAGCAACAAAAUUGACACCGUGGAAGCAACCACAUUCAAGGAAAGAAUAGAGGACGUUGGUAAUCCUGACGCUACCUUGGUAGAGGAGGUUACUCCAAGGGUUGCCCCUAAACAACUCGUUAAGCCGACAAGUGCAACAUCAAAGACUAGUAGCAAAAUUCCAACUAUUCCGCUUCCUCAGUACGGGACGCCGAGCACCUCCAAAGCGGGCAUGGGAAGUAUACGCAAGGUUCCUGUCUCGCUCAAGAAGGCUGGGUCUAGCUCUCAUAUAUGGGAGGAGAAGCUGGCGAACACAAAGAAGCCGACAAGCAUUAUUGGGGGCAUUGCUGGUCUGAAGCGGCCGGGUGCAUUCCGAAAGCCGGGGGCUUUUCGUAAGCCUUCCGAUGUCGGCAGCAGCUACGGAAUCCUGAAACCAUUUGGAGGAAUUACUCCGAUCAAAAAAGUAUAAAAUAGAACUUUGUAUAUUAGUGAACUACUUAUUUAAUAGAUGAAUAUGGCGACGACGCAAUUAUCCG